AACUUAAAAUAGUCAAUGAACGAAGAUAAUCGGCGUUGUCCUAUGAGACUGAACAUAAAUGCGAUCAACUAUCCUUAUAAUUGGUCCGAUGUUUAUGUUUAUAUGCUCGACCUCUUACUUCUCAAAGUAGGACAUGGCAAAAUGGUGGUCUGUCGACUAGUUGGGUUUCUUGCACUUUUCUGCGCAUGCGUUGCCCAGUACCCACAGAGCAGUUGCCGUGACCUUGACGCACAGGCAUGCCUUCUGUUCUCCAUGGCCAAGCCAGACCUUUGCAACGACGCAGCAUUCUCACAAACAACGUGUAGACGCUUCUGUGGAAACUGUCCUCUGGAAUGUUACGCCUGCCCGACCCCCGUGCUAAACCCCUUGGACUGCAAUACCACCACCACGUGCUCCAUUAACCAGACCUGUGUUACUAAGCAUCUGGCAGCAGCUGGCCACCAUGAGUAUAUCUUGGCAUGUGAACUAAAAGCAAUUUGCCUGGGACUGAGUUUCGGGUUCGGCAAGCGGGACGGUAGCGAGUCUGAGCGGGAUCGAUACGGUCGUGACGUAACUAUCGCCUGCUGCGACACGGACUUCUGCAACUCUCCCAACUAUCUGACAACAAAGACAACGACCACAACGAGGCUACCGCCUACGUCAUCAGGACCGUUUCCACACGGAUGCGAUCGAGACAUUGUGUUUGUUCUGGAUGACUCUGGAAGUGUUGGCCGAGCAAACUUUUUGCAGGGGUUGGGCUUCAUCAAAGAAAUUGUCCAACAACUGACCAUAGGUCCCGCAAACGCAAUGACGGGGCUCGUUGCCUACAGUACGCACGCAUACCCGAUGUGGCACCUGAACGAAAUUUUGACUAAACAACAACUGCUGCUUAACCUGUCGUCCGUACCGUACCAAGGAGGCAUCACGAGAACAAACGAGGCUUUGAAACUGGCUCGUACUACCAUGCUGACAUCACAACAUGGCGACCGCCCCAAUAACAAGAACGUCGUCAUCGUUUUUACUGACGGAGAUUCCAAUGAUAAACAAGACACAAUUAGUGAAGCCAACAACCUGCGCACCGUUAGCGAUGACGUCAUCAGCAUUGUUAUCGGAUCAGGCAUCAACAUCGCCGAACUGAAUGCUUUAGCAACCGAUAGCCACCACGUGUUUGACGUUCACAGCUACAACAGCCUUCAGUCGAUCUUGCCGCAGCUCAUGCAGAUUAUCUGUAACGCUUAAAUGUAUGUACAGCGUCAAUAAAAUUGCCAAUCUAA